GGUAAAGUGCAGAGGGAGAGAGAGAGAGAGAGAGAAAGGGAAAGAGAGAGAAAGAUGAAAUCAGACAAGAGAGGAGCACUAUACCUAACGCCUUAUUGAUGGAGGUACAGUUUCCUAUCAGAGUACAUCUUCUAGUGGUCAUGAUAUGAUUUUGUUUGUGGCAGUACCCGAUCCCAAGUAAAUAUGCAGAACCUGGCUAGGAUGCGUUUUGGCGGUGUCUUCUCCUGGCUUCACUUCUACUUGCUUUUCUGUUUUACAACUGAACGUACUAUGACAGCUCCCUGUCCGGAACCUUGCAGGUGUACAAGUACAAUGAUACAGUGCUUGGAACCAAACACUAUCAGCACCGUACCCCGUUUGGACUUGCUACAGAUGGCCAAUAUUACUGAAAUAUACAUUGCGAAUCAGAAAGAUUUUAUGAACUUAACUCAGAAUGAUUUGAAAGGCUACAGACGGAUAAGGAAUCUGACCAUAUCCAAUUCCAGCCUUCAGAAUAUCUCCCUGGAUGCAUUCCAAUAUAAUCAGCAACUGUGGUCCAUAAACCUGGCCUACAACUUCCUCUCCAGUUUGUCUUGGAAAGUGUUUCAUGGACUUUCUCUGCAAGAAUUGAUCGUGCGUGGAAAUCCUCUACAGUGUUCCUGUGCAACUCGCUGGCUGCAGGAUAUGAUAGGGAGUGACUGGCUGGAGGUGUGGAAUGAAUCAUCAAGUUGCUUGGAGAAAAUGAACACAACAGAAUGUGGUAAGCCUGAGGUGAGAAUACGGCAUGAGAAUCUCACACUGCUGGAAGGUGGCAAUAUCACUCUUGUGUGCAGUGUGGCAGGAAUCCCAACACCUACAGCAAAGUGGGACCCCAUUGAUCUGGAAUCAGAGAUCACUAUUAAGGAACACCCUGAUUCUGAAGCUGAGAUUUUGCUGAAGAUUCUUAAUGUGUCAGUACAUGAUAAUAUGAGAAACAUCACCUGCUCAGCAGAAAAUGAAGUUGGAUAUGCUGAUUCCUCAGUGCAGCUCAAUGUGUUAUUUCCAGCUGUGAUUCUUUACCUUCAGAAUGCCGUCCCUCAACACCAUUGGUGUAUCCCUUUCUCACUGGAUGGGAACCCACGUCCACUAAUUAGCUGGCACUUCAACAACUCCCGCCUGGUGGAGAAUGACUAUAUCUAUACCAAAGUAAUAGAAGAAGCAAGCAAUUCCACAGAGCUGCAUGGCUGUCUCAUGUUAAACAAGCCCACAAGUGCCAACAAUGGGAACUAUACCCUGAGAGUGAAUAAUACCCUGGGGAGUGAUGAACGAACUGUUGUGGGCAAGUUUAUGCACAAUCCUUUCAGCUUUCACCCAGAAGAACCUGUUGUUGUUUCCCUGUCUCCUGUGGUUGGAAAAAAUAACAGUAUGAAUGGACCAACAGAGAGAGCAGAGGAGCAUACCUUUGGGGUAUCGAUUGCUGUGGGGUUGGCAGUGUUUGCGUGCAUUUUCCUCAGUCUGAUGCUCAUUCUUCUCAACAAGUGUGGGCGUCAGUCCAAGUUUGUCAUGAACCGAACUUCUGUCCUUAUACCCGAAGAUGACUUGCACUUGGGAUUCAUGAAUCCACGUCCUACUCUUGAGGAAAAGCUUGAGGGAAUUAAAGUCAACUUUAUCGAGAAUCCUGACUAUUUUAAUGCGAUCCUGAAAGAUAAAGACACGUGUGUUCAUCAUAUUAAGAGACGUGACAUAGUCCUAAAAUGGGAGUUAGGAGAAGGAGCUUUUGGGAAGGUCUUCCUGGCUGAAUGCUACAAUCUUACUCCUGACCAGAACAGGAUGCUCGUAGCUGUUAAAACACUGAAAGAUGCAACAGACAGUGCCAGAGAAGAUUUUCAGAGGGAGGCUGAACUUCUCACAGUCCUCCAACAUGAACACAUUGUCAAGUUUUAUGGUGUGUGCAAAGAUGGAGAGCCUCUAAUUAUGGUGUUUGAAUACAUGAAACAUGGUGACCUCAAUCGCUUCUUAAGGUCUCAUGGUCCUGAUGCGAAGAUUUUAGAUCACAGUAAAGGGCAACCUUUUGGACAACUGAACUUGACCCAGAUGUUGCAGAUUGCAACUCAGAUUGCAUCUGGAAUGGUGUACCUUGCAUCCUUACAUUUUGUCCAUCGAGACCUGGCUACUCGGAAUUGCCUUGUUGGCGACAACCUGGUUGUGAAAAUUGGAGAUUUUGGAAUGUCUCGGGACAUUUACAGUACCGACUACUACAGGGUUGGAGGACGGACAAUGCUCCCUAUCCGGUGGAUGCCACCCGAAAGUAUAAUGUACAGAAAAUUCACAACAGAAAGUGACAUAUGGAGCUUUGGUGUAGUCCUGUGGGAAAUUUUCACAUAUGGAAAGCAGCCUUGGUACCAGCUCUCUAAUAACGAGGCUAUCGAGUGUAUCACGCAAGGCCGUGAGCUGGAGAGGCCACGGACAUGCCCCAAAGAAGUCUAUGACAUCAUGCAAGGCUGUUGGCAAAGAGAACCUCAACAGAGGCUGAAUAUUAAGGAAGUGCACAGCAGACUACAGGCUCUAUGGAAUGCUCCCCCUGUCUAUCUGGACAUACUGCAGUAACUCACCAUCUCCUCUAUCCUCACUCUCGAUGAUAACAGUAAAGCCUUAAUUCCCCAACCAGAAGCGCUAGCAGUAGAACUCCAGCACUGAUGCCUAGUGGACAUUGAAUCUGCUUUUACAUUUUUUCAGAUAAAUACAUUUUGGAAAUGACACUGUUCUGCUCAGUGUGAAGAUGCUGUUACUUAUUCUGGAGGAACUGAAUGCAGCUUUUGCCUUAAUGAUGCUUGGUGUGUAAAUAAGCUCAUAACAGAGAAGGUAAAUGAUGUGCAGUCACCAUCUCUUUUAAAUUCUUAGAAAGCAAACUAAGGCACAAAGUUAUGGGUCAUUUGUUUUCACAGUUCUCAAUGUUUUCUCUUCUUCUCAGUGAUGAGAAAGAAUAUUUACCUUCACUGGUUGCUUUCUUAUCUGCAUAUCACAGAGGAUUAUAAAUUCUCUUACAAUGCCACCAGUUGAUUCUGCAAGUAGCUGUGUGACUUUCAAGACUGACCAAAUGUUUUUGAAACAUGCCAGCAUUAUAAGCACAAAGAAAAGUGAUGUUAUUCAUAAUUUUAUUGAAAAAUCUGAGAAUCCGUUUUCUUCUUGUAUUAGUUAUGAAGUCCUAAUGAGCUCCUCAGGUUUUUGAAUUUAUUGGACUUGCAGGUUUAUUUGCUACCUUCUUCUAGCUAAGUGUACAGCUAUGUGCAGUACUUUUUUCAGGUUAAUUUGUCUAAGUGAUGGUUGGAACAAAGGCUGCUCAAAAUCAAAUAAUAAAAUCAGAAAUAAAAGAACCAUUUACCCUGGAAUCCAAACAACUAUAAUAUACCUUAUGAAGACUCCAUACUCUGAGACCAGUUUUUCAAAAUCAAAACUCUGGGCAAGAUUCAAUUAAGCCUACACUAAGUGUUCACAAUAUGUAUUCAAUAAAAUUCUUAGCACAUUUUUUUUUUUAAACAGCUUUAUU